UUCCAACGCAACAAAAAAGAAACCAUCCAAGUGCUGUCUGUACUCCACUUCACUCCCUCCUCCCCCUUUUCUCUCUCUCUCUCUCUCUCUCUCUGCCUCGAACAAAGCGAAGCGUUCCACGGUGAAUCGAAAGCAAAAUCAGAAGAGGCCAGAGAGAGAGAGAGAGAGAGAGAGAGAAACCCUAAUCACCCCCAAUUCUUUCUUUCUCUCUCAUCAAUGGAGGGCAUCGAACCCUCGCUCCUCUUCCUCCUCCUCCUCCUCCUCACAACCCUCUCCCUCGCUCCCCUUUCCCACUCAAAAUCAACCAUCGAGCCCUGCUCCGGCUCCGACGCGUGCACCUCCCUCGUCGGCUACACCCUCUACACCGACCUCAAGAUCUCCGAGUGCCGCCUCUUCCAGGUCGGACCCCUUCUCCCUCGCUCUGCCGUCCAACUCCAUCAUCCCGCUCCCCGGCGUCGCAACGCAUCCUCCACCCGCCUCUUCCUCGCGUCCCCGCCUCCUGCUCCUGCCUCCGACGGCCUCCGCCGCUCCCUCUCCCACCCGCUACCGCACCGCCCCUCCGACACCCUCUCUUUGAUAGCUUCCUCAAUUUUCUCCGGCCUGACCUCGCCCGAGCAAAUCCGGGACGCGAACUCGAUGGCCGAUGCUGACCCCGACGCCUCGCUCGAGGUCGGGCAGAGCCUCGUGAUCCCGCUGCCCUGCACUUGCUUCAACAACACCGACAGCUUCUUGCCAGCCGUUUACCUCAGCUAUGUGGUGCAGCCGGCGGACACGGUGCCCGGGAUCGCGGCGAGGUACGAUACGACGGUGUCGGAUAUCAUGAAUGUUAAUGGUCUGGGGAGUCCCGUUGUCAAGGCCGGCGACAUCGUUGCCAUCCCUCUCCCAGCUUGCACGUCAAAGUUCCCAAGUUAUGCCUCAGAUUCUGGCUUGGUUGUUGCAAAUGGAAGUUAUGCGAUCACUGCUGAUCACUGUGUCCAAUGUAGUUGUGGCCCUGGAGAUCUCAAUUUGUACUGCAUGCCAGCUUCUUUAUCCGCAUCUUGUUCGAGCAUGCAAUGUAGGAAUAGCAAUCUAAUGCUGGGGAAUAUUACCUCUCAAUCCACCAGUGCCGGUUGCAAUGUCACUUCUUGUUCAUAUGGUGGCUUUGUUAAUGGAACCAUUGUUACUACGCUAUCCACAACCCUUCAGCCUCGAUGUCCAGCGGUGCAUCAGUUUCCUGCAGUCAUACCCCCACCAACCGAAGUAACCCCCGAGCCAUUUCUUGCACCAGCACCAGCUCCUGUGGCAGCAGAAUCAGGUGGUUUAAUGCCAUCACCAAAGGCGUCAGCGCCCGGAGGCUUUGUGAUGCCUGGUGUUUCUUCAGCAAAUGGUCCUGCAGGAAGUAUUUCAGGAAGUAAUGCAGCGGCACUUUCUUCUGAUAUUGAUCCAUUAUUUCGCUUUGGUUUCGUGUUUAUUCUGUUUUUGCUUCUUGAAUGGCUGUUGUAAGUGGGGGGAUGAUUUGGUUUUGUUUGAUGAGUAUGACUGUGGCCCUUAUUUUCAGUGUUUUUGUCGCAUCAGAACUUGUAGUUAGAAUUGAAAUGGUGCAUCUCUUUUUUAUCUGAAUUUUAGUUAGAAUUGAAAUGUGUACCUAUUUUUCGAGUU